AUGCAGAAAUCAAAGCCAAUGCCAAUAUCAAUAAUCCUCUUGCUACUACUAUUAGGGCAGCCCAACGCUUCGGCGGGCGGCGGUCCGAUAAAGACGGUGGUGGUGUUGGUGAUGGAGAACCGGUCGUUCGACCACAUGUUGGGUUGGAUGAAGAAGCUCAACCUUGAAAUAAACGGGGUUGAUGGUUCUGAGUCCAACCCACUCAACACAGAGGACCCCAACUCCAAGCGCCUCUCGUUUGGCGACCAGUCGCACUUCGUGGACCCGGACCCAGGCCACUCCUUCCAGGCCAUAAGGGAACAGAUAUUCGGCUCCAACGACACCUCUGCCACCGUGCCACCAAUGAACGGCUUUGCUCAGCAGGCUGCUUCCAUCGAACCCGACAUGCCCCCUAGCGUCAUGAACGGUUUUCAACCCGAUAAGGUGGCGGUUUAUAAGAGUCUAGUCAUGGAAUUUGCGUUGUUCGACCGGUGGUUCGCGUCCGUCCCAGCGUCCACUCAGCCAAACCGGCUAUACAUCCACUCGGGCACCUCCCAUGGGGCCGUCUCGAACGACCCGGUGAAGCUGGCCCUGGGGUUCCCUCAACGCACCAUCUUCGAUGAUGUGUACGACGCAGGGCUCUCCUUCGGCAUCUAUUUCCAGAACCUUCCCUCCACCCUCUUCUACCGCAACCUCCGCAAGAUCAAGUACAUCAACAAGUUCCACACAUAUGGCAACAGCUUCAAGCGCGAUGCCGCCGCUGGGAAGCUCCCCGCCUACACCGUGGUGGAGCCGCGCUACGGGGACACCAAAUCGGCGCCGGCCAACGACGAUCACCCGUCGCACGACGUGCACCAGGGGCAGAUGCUUGUCAAGGAGGUUUACGAGACACUGAGGAGCAGCCCGCAGUGGAACCAGAUGCUAUUUCUCAUCACCUACGAUGAGCACGGUGGUUAUUAUGAUCACGUGCCUACGCCCGUUCAAGGCGUCCCCAGCCCUGACGGGAUCCCUAGCCCCCCCGACCACUUUAACUUCAAGUUUGACAGGUUGGGGGUUAGAGUUCCCACCAUUGCUGUUUCUCCCUGGAUUAAAAAGGGGACUGUUGUUCAUGGACCCAACAGUUCCCCUACUCCGACAUCGGAAUACGAGCACUCAUCAAUUCCUGCCACGGUGAGGAAGAUACUGAACCUGCCAUCGCCUUCUCUCACCAAGAGAGAGGAAUGGGCAGGCACUUUCGAAGGCCUCUUCCAACAGCUCACUCAACCCAGAACUGACUGCCCUCUGGAACUCCCAGAUCCGGUGAAAAUCAGAGAGACGGAAGCUAACGAGGAUGCCCUCUUGAGUGAAUUCCAGCAAGAGCUUGUGCUGCUUGCUGCAGUUCUCAAGGGGGAAAACAUCCUCACAAGUUUCCCGCGAAACAUCGCCCAAAACAUGACUGUAAGACAAGGGGUAGACUACAUGGACGAGGCGGUGAAGAGCUUCUUAGAGGCAGGUUUGGCUGCCAAGAAGAUGGGGGUCGACCCCGAACAAAUUGUCAAGAUGAGACCCUCUCUAUCCACAAGACCAUAG